AUGCCUCUGAGUGCGACAAUGGUCGGAGCUUUGCUGGGUCUCGGUACCCAGAUGUACUCCAACGCUCUCCGCAAGCUCCCAUAUAUGCGCCAUCCGUGGGAGCAUGUGGUUGGUAUGGGACUUGGUGCUGUGUUCGCGAACCAGCUUGUGAAAUGGGAUGUGAAGCUUAAGGAAGAUCUCGAUGUGAUGCUCAACAAGGCCAGAGCUGCCAAUGAGCGCCGUUACUUUGGUAUAUCUAAUCUAUUCUCUUCUUUUUCUUCUUCUUCUUUUCAGCUUCUUAUAGCCAAGAUAGAGUCUUUGGAUCAUGGUGGAAAGAUAGACUCUUUGGAUUAUUUCUUUGGUUCUAGUGUUAGAUACACUGCAACUUGCAAGUAA